AUGACCUCCCACCAGCAGGUGGCAAGAUAGAAUCCCGGAGAGCCUUGAUAGGGCAGGGUGGGCGGAGCGUCCAAGGUCGGCGCGCGCAGCCUCCUAUCCUUUUUUCUUGGUGCACCGGAAAGAGGCGGUCCUCUUUCUGUGCCUAGAGCAGCCAUGGCUCGUGGUCCCAAGAAGCAUCUGAAGCGCGUAGCAGCUCCAAAGCAUUGGAUGCUGGAUAAACUGACUGGUGUGUUUGCUCCUCGGCCAUCUACCGGUCCCCACAAGCUGAGAGAAUGUCUCCCUCUCAUCAUUUUCUUAAGGAACAGACUUAAGUAUGCCCUAACAGGAGAUGAAGUAAAGAAGAUCUGCAUGCAGCGGUUCAUUAAGAUUGAUGGCAAGGUCCGAACUGAUAUAACCUACCCUGCUGGUUUUAUGGAUGUGAUCAGCAUUGACAAGACUGGAGAGAAUUUCCGUCUGAUCUAUGACACCAAGGGUCGCUUUGCUGUUCAUCGCAUUACACCUGAGGAGGCCAAGUACAAGUUGUGCAAAGUGAGGAAGAUUUUUGUGGGCACAAAAGGGAUCCCUCACCUGGUGACCCAUGAUGCUCGCACAAUCCGCUACCCUGACCCCCUCAUCAAGGUCAACGACACCAUUCAGAUUGAUUUGGAGACUGGCAAAAUUACUGACUUCAUCAAGUUUGACACUGGUAACCUGUGUAUGGUGACUGGAGGCGCUAACCUGGGAAGGAUUGGCGUGAUAACCAACAGAGAGAGACACCCUGGUUCUUUUGAUGUGGUUCACGUGAAAGAUGCCAAUGGCAACAGCUUUGCCACCCGGCUCUCCAACAUUUUUGUUAUUGGCAAAGGCAACAAACCAUGGAUUUCCCUUCCCCGUGGAAAGGGUAUCCGCCUCACCAUUGCUGAAGAGAGAGACAAGAGACUGGCGGCCAAACAAAGUAGUGGGUGAAAUAAACUCUAGGUGAUGUGAUCACAAACGUGUUUGUAAUGAAUUAAACAUAACACGAUUAAAUGAC